AUGUCCCUCCCGGAGCUCACUCUCGAUGCCGCGGUCGGUUUCGCUGGAUCCGUGCGUAAUGGCUUUCAUCUUCAUCCCGACGGCGAGUCUCGAGUCUACCCCCUCGGCGCAACCAUAGCCAUCUCUCGCCCCCGCACUGACUCCAAGGCGAGGGAGGGAGCGCCCACGCGGGAACACCAAACGUCACACAUUACUUUUCUCCACGGUCACGCCGGAGAAGUCACAGCGUUGGCAGUGUCUUCAUCGGGUCGUUUCAUCGCUUCUGGCGAGAGCAUUUCCAGUGGCGUCGCGGAAAUCAUACUCUGGGAAGCUUGCAACGAGGCCGUCGGGACGACGUACGCCGUCGCGAGGCGCCUCUCCUUGCACAUCGGAGAAGUCGUCGCGUUGGCGUUUAGCACGGAUGAGAGCGCGCUCGCCAGUAUCGGUGGUGAUAAUGAUCGUAGGGUCGUCAUGUGGAAUGUUUCUAAUGGAAACGCACUCUGCGGCUCUCCAGCACCUUUGGACGGUAAAGUCAGAACGGUGGCGUUCUUGCGCCAUUCUAGCACGCACUUCUUGACCGCUGGCGAAUUAGCCGUGAGCGCGUGGGAGUACGACGCUAUGACGAAGCGACUACAACUCGAACCUAUUAAGCUGGGUAUUCUUAAGAGGGAUAUCUUAUCGAUAGCGGUCGAUGAGAACGACGAGUACGCGUAUUUGGGAACGGCGAGCGCGGAUGUGCUGUGCGUAUCCAUUCCCAAUCGCGUCAUCAAAGAGUCUUUCACGCUGAAAAAGUACAUAUCGCGAGGCGUUUCUUCGCUCACAAUAGUACGUAAUGGUUUGCUCGCGGGUGCAGGCGAUGGAAGUUUGUCGCUGAUGAGGCGCGAAGACGGUUCUUGCGUACUUCAAUUUGAAGCCUGCCGCACCGUAGGCGACGGGGCGGUGACGAGUGUAGCCGUCGCGAGGUCGCCUCAAUCCAAUGUCAAAGGCUUGGAGUAUCCAAAAAAGUGCAAGAGUGACUACGCGAAGCGCAAGUACGUGCACGAAGCUCUCCUGAGUUUGAGGAAUGGAUAUAUAGGUGCUGAAUGUUACCGCGACGCUUCGCAGACCGUGGCUUUCCCUCGAAAGCAAAGCCAAUACUUUGCCACGGGCGGCGGCUCGGAGGUUCGCGUGUGGGCAACCGAUACGGCAAAACUGUUGCUGAAGAUUGACGUCAAACCUUGCACGUCGAAAUGUUUGUGCGUGAGCUUCAUGCCCGAUGGCGAUACCUUGCUCAGCGGCUGGGACGAUGGGAAGAUUCGAGCGCACGAUCGCGAGACUGGCGAGUUGUUCUUCGUCGCCGCCAACGCGCACGAUAAAGUGACCGCGCUGCGAGGGAUGAAAGACUCUUCUGGAAUCAUCAGUGGUGGUUCAGAGGGUAAUGUGCGACUGUGGAACGUGAUUAACGGCAGCAUCAUCACGCUCGAGGCGUCCAUGAAAGAACACCGAUCGUCCGUGAACGACAUUGCCCUGUUCAACGACGACGCCUCCGCCGUCACCGCCUCUGACGACGGCUCGUGCGUCGUCUGGGACAUCCUUCGCCGCACGCGCCAAGUCUCUUUCUUCGGUUCGACGUACUUUAAAGCCAUAGGCGUACAUCCCGACGAGAAACAAAUCGUUACCACGGGAACCGACCGCAAGAUAACCUGGUGGGACCCCGCGGACGCCUCCACGCUUCGCGUCGUCGACGAUCCCGCCGACGCCGAGCUCGCGACUCUCUCCAUCGCCCACCCCCACGGUGCCUCCAUCGCCAUCGCCGGUACCGACCGCAUCGUAAAGGUAUUCGAUUACGAAUCCGGCGACCUCACGGCCAUCACCCCUCGCCACUGCGCCCGCGUUGUCGCCGUCGCCUUCGCUCCCGACGCCCGCGCGCUCGUCUCCGCCUCCGCCGACGGCGCCGUCCGCAUCUGGUCCAUCCCCGAUUCCCCACUCGCCGAGCUCGGUCGCGAGAAAGAGCGUCACAUCCAUCGCGUGUUGACAGGAGAGAUCGACGACGACGUCCUCGCCACCGCGCGUCCGUAG